UCAGCUCUACUACCUUUCACCUUUCAAUAGCAAAACAUGCUAGUUGUAUACACUUACUGUGGCAUGCAUAAGUAACUUCACUGCCCUUGAACUUCGUGACAUAUUUCUCACGGAGAUAUAACAGGAAGAAAGGCACACUCUCGAAAACAUGCUGGCUGAUAGCUGAACGUUUAUGCUUGUUUUUCCACUUUAACUCCAGUCAUGGCAGGGAUCUUCCAAAGAUCACUAAGGCUGCAGAGAGCCCUCAGGCAUCUUGUCCCCCAAAGCCCCCUCUCAUCGACAGUCACAGCGAGACAUUCACCUCUGGACCUCCACUGCCCAUUUCUGCCCUCUACCUCAUGGCAGUUUGGAAUCUGCUGUCGAAAGCUGCACACUGGGAAGGACGGGCCCAAGCCGUCCCCUGCUGCAGCCCCAGACAGGCUGCCUUUCUCCAGAAUAACGCAGGAAGAUUUAGCCUUUUUCAGGAAGAUCCUACCAGGCAGAGCCGUCACUGACCCGGACCUGCUGGAGUCCAGUAAUGUGGAUUGGCUCAAGACAGUGAAAGGUUCCAGUGAGUUGUUGCUGAGACCUCAAACAACUGAAGAAGUUUCUCAAAUUCUCAAGUAUUGUAACAGUCGUAACCUGGCAGUGAACCCUCAAGGAGGCAACACUGGGCUGGUUGGGGGCAGCGUGCCGGUUUAUGAUGAAAUCAUCCUCUCCACUGGCCUUAUGAACAACAUCCUCACCUUUGACAGCAUCUCUGGCAUUCUGACCUGUCAGGCAGGCUGUGUCUUGGAGACAUUGUCCCUUCACCUGGAAGAGAGAGACUACAUUAUGCCACUUGAUCUGGGUGCAAAAGGCAGUUGCCAUAUUGGGGGAAACGUGGCAACGAAUGCAGGUGGACUCCGGCUGCUGCGAUACGGCUCCUUACACGGGACUGUGCUGGGUCUGGAAGUGGUGUUGGCAGAUGGGCGAGUGCUGGACUGCUUGGCCACGCUGCGGAAAGACAACACAGGAUAUGACCUCAAACAGCUGUUCAUAGGCUCUGAGGGCACACUGGGGGUCAUCACUGCAGUGUCCAUCCUCUGUCCAAAGAAACCCAAAUCUGUUAAUGUGGUUUUUCUUGGCUGCGAGACGUUUGAGCAGCUGCUGAAGACAUUUCAGCUCUCCAGAGGCAUGCUGGGAGAAAUUCUAUCAGCCUUUGAAUUCCUGGACAGUGAGUGUAUGAGGCUGCUGAAUACACACCUCAAACUACACAAUCCCAUCUCUGAUUGUCCGUUCUACGUCGUCAUCGAAACAUCUGGAUCCGACUCAACACAUGACGGGGAGAAACUCCACAAUUUCUUAGAGGAGGCAAUGACGUCAUUGUUGGUUACUGAUGGGACUGUGGCAACUGAAGACUCAAAAAUAAGGGCUCUAUGGUCAAUGCGUGAGCGUGUCACCGAGGCGCUGACUCAUGACGGCUUCACCUAUAAGUACGACAUCUCACUUCCUGUGGAGCGGAUCUACCAGCUGGUUACGGACAUGAGGGAGCACCUGGGGGACCGAGCCAAGAGUGUGGUGGGAUACGGACACGUAGGUGAUGGAAAUCUCCACUUGAAUGUGACCUCUGCUGCCAAGGACCCCGCUCUUCUCGCUGCCAUCGAGCCCUUCGUGUACGAGUGGACGGCUGGCUGUAACGGCAGCAUCAGUGCAGAGCACGGCCUGGGCCUGAAGAAGAGGAACUACAUCUACUACAGCAAACCCAGCUCGGCUGUGUCUCUGAUGGGGAACAUCAAGGCCAUGCUGGACCCUAAGGGCAUCCUCAACCCAUACAAGACUCUACCGGACGACCUUAAAUGACCCCAAACUGUGUCAUUGCUGUGGGUUAAGAGCGUGUGUAUGCAGACAGUUAAUGCAUUUUAGCUACUACUUUAUUACCAUGUUUCUAUGGAACAUCAGGCCCUUACUUGUGAUACAUUUUGUCCACAUUUGGUGCAAGUGUUGAGAGUACCUUCAUUGUUGUAUGCAGAAAGUUUUACUGGCAGAUCAACCGCUUCAACAAGGUGUUAAAUCAUGCCCUGCGGAAGUCUCUUAGAAUACCACAAGUGAUGUUAACACUGAACAUUACCACCUACCACCGUCACUCACACUGAAAGUGUGAAACACUCCUUAUUCCAUAGAAACCAGUGUAGGUCUUAAAAGAAGGACCAUUAAUAGAUGUAUAAUCGAUGCAUUACAAUUAUCUGUAAAAUCCCGAGCAGGCCAAUACAAGGAACUGGAUACAACAAUGUGGGGAUAUACAGUUCAAAGUUUUGUAUUUUAAAAUGAGUACAAUAUCAAUGUACAUAUGAACCUGACUGUAGUUUGAAGCAUGUGAUUUCAGCAUUGGACAAUGGGCGCUGUGGUCUGAGUGUCAUUGUUUGUAUAAAUUGUGAUUUCUUUUCAAUUACAUUUUCACAGUCUAAUGCAACUCGACUUUUCAGUGUGCUGUCGAACUGAAUCAUAGGAGGUUUUUUAAAUCUACCCUAAGUGAUAUAAGUGGGCAAUAUAAUAAACAUUUUUCAGAAUCACACAAAAGGUAUCCUCCUACACGAGUUGAAUCAAAAUAAUAAUUAAUUUGUAAUUUAGACAAAACUGAAAUCAAACCUUAAUCAAGAUGAGAUUUAUUUAAAGGACCGUUUAAACUGGCAACUAAAUGUCUAUCUUUUAUAAAAUCAGAGGCGAGAGUGCAGUAAAUGUUUUAUUACAUAUAAAAAAGACAAAGCAACAUUUUUCCAAAACAAACCCAGCUUUGCAAAGAUUUGUAAUCGCACACCGAGGCAACUUUAUCUGUUUUUAAAUAAAUCUUGAAUAAAAAUGGAACAAAUGUU